ACGCUCUGCCCUGUAUGGAAUACGACGGAGCAGCUGAGACACGGUUUAGGAGCCCGCCCACAAAAUCCAACUGGCUCGCACUGUUCAGGGCCCCAGUGGUGUUGUUGCUGCUCGCUGUGUUUUAGGAGACGGAGCAGUCUGUGUACACGCUGCUAUAGGCUAUAGCACAGCUCGGUAGUUAAUUUAACAGUCAGGGAAGCUGAUUAGUUUAGUAAGAGAUUGGAAGCGUUUGCAAACAUUUUAAUAUCGUAGCUUGCUCUUGCAAUACACCCCGUGUUUCUUUGUUUGUUCUAUCUAUCGUAACACAGGGUUUUUUAUACAAUAUAUGUCAGAAAUAAGUCAGUUUUUUGUAAAAAAAAAAAAAAAAGAUAUAUAUAUAUAUAUUUCUGUGUGUGAAAAUCUCUGAGUAACCAGCAUGUCUGCAAACUGCCAGCAAAGGAAGAGCUGCCCUAUUCCGACCCGAGUUGUUCAUGUGAAAGACUGGACCCAGCUCCCGGACCGGUACAGCUCAACGCCGGGAGGAACCCUGUUCUCCACCACGCCAGGAGGGACCAGGAUCAUUUACGAGCGCAAGUUCCUCCUGGAGUGCCGGAACUCUCCGCUCGCUCGGACUCCCCCCUGCUGCCUGCCGCAGAUCCCGGGGGUGACUGUGCCACAGCACCCGCCCCUGUCCAAACUGGAGGAGCUGAAAGAGGAGGAGCCCGACAAGGACCUGCCAGUGGAUGAAAGUGACCAGUUCGAAAUGGACAUGUGAAGAGCCAGUCAGCCAGCCAGCACGAAGGAAGCAUUUCCUCUUGUUUUUAAAGGUUUCUUCUGGUGUCUCAAGCAAACCUUUUUAUUUUUGAUGCUCCAAGCAGAGCAGGACUGUUCCCGAGGGAGUAACCAUGUUGUAGGAUAUAGCGUCUGGAGCUGGUAGGGAAUUUGAUUCAUUUUCUUUUAACGCAGUCAUUUUGUAUCAUUGUUACUUUAACUUUUUUUUUUUUUAAACAAAAUAUGUGUUUGAUACAUUCAAGUUUACAAAAACACACAGCGUUCACGCUAGUCUUUAAUUGAAGCGUACUGGCUUUGUAAAUCUUUAAAACAAUCAAGGGUGGGGAUGCUGGUGUUUAUAGCUCCUGUUGUGAAGUGAAGCCACUAGAGUUUUGUUUGUGUGCAGUAAGUUGCUGCUGAGAGUCUGGGAGCUUGGUGCUGCCAUGCAGCAGUUUAAUAAAAGACUGAAACAUC